UAAAGUAAGAACCCCCUGGUUAAAAAGAGAGUCAGGGGUCUGUCUCUAUUCCUUUAUUCCCCUCUCUGAGCUGAGCUGUCUGUCACUUUCCUGUUUUACUUUAUUUUUUAUUUUUCUUGCUUUCUGACAUUCGUUUCCUUACAUUCUUUAUCAUCCAUCACACAGCAAUUAAUCGUCCGAUCGCCGGAAAAUGGCCGUUCCAAGGUCAAACAGAGCCGUGCUCUUGGCCGCCGUCGUUUUCGUCACCAUAUUUCUCGGUCUUGCGCAUUUCCACCUCAACUCUCCCUCCGAGUCAACACCAGCCGCAAAGAGCGGAGUCGACGAGCCCGCGCCUUUUGUUCCCGAGAAAGAAGCCGCCGCUGCUGCACCGACUUUCGUACCCGGCGAAGAUGAAGAGAUCGGCGCGACACCCGCUGUUGAGGUCGUAGCUGAGACGCCCAAGCCCGAGGAGCAUCACCAUGCUGUCACGCCCGAUAAGCCUGAGGCUGAUCCUGCGGAGGAGCCCAGCGAUCCUGAGGAGAUUGCUGAGGCUGAGGAGCUUGCUGCGAAUGCCUCUCCUACUCCUGCCGCUGCUUCGCCCGCCGCUGAGCAGGAGCAGGAGCAAGAGCAAGAGCAGGAGCAGGAGCACGAACACGAGCACGUCCAUGAGCAUGAAGAAGAGUUCGUCCCCGAAACCGAAGUCGAAGAAACACCUGAAGCUCCCGCCAUUCCCGAAGCGCCCACCGGUCCUAACCUCGAUGCCUUCACGCCUGAGCAAUGGAUCAAGCCCGCCGUAAAGGUCAACGACCCCGAAUACUACCCCUACGGCCACUGGCCCUCCAAGCUUCCCUCCGACAAGCCCAUCUGGACCAAGCCCCUCGGCAAGAAGCUCUGCAUCAUCGACCUCGAGAGUCGUCGCUUCGAUAAGCCCGGCCAGAUCUGGUCCGACGAAAUGACGUGGAACAAGAGCCGAGAAGUCCACGGCCCAUCCGGUGGCACACUGAACCACUGGGUCUACUCCAAAAUCCACGGAUACCAGUACUACCACAUCAAGAUCAACGGCUACCCCGACCGUCGCGAUUCAUGGAAGAAGCCCUCCGUCCUCUCGCAGGUUCUGAAGAAGCACGACGUCUGUGUCUUCAUCGACUCUGACGCUCUCUUCAACCGUCUCGACCUUCCCCUAGAGUGGCUCAUGAACUACUGGAGCAUUUCUCCCCAGAACAACUCCCUCGCCCUCCCCUACGAUCCCGACACCCAGCAUAACCGCGACCGACGAGGAAACCUGUUCCUGAACACUGGUUUCAUGAUCAUGCAGAACAAGAACAAGACAUACGAGAUCUUCAAGGAGUGGGAUGACUGUGCCAACGACGGCGGCAAAUUCCCCGGCUGCACUGAGUUCCGCAACCGAAAGGGCUGGCAACCAACUGACCAGGGCGGUUUCGGCACAUUCAUCCGCUACGAGUAUCCCGAUGAGAUUCUCUCCCUGCCUUGUACCGAGGCCAACGGCUUUCCCGAGAGCCGCUCAGGCUGCGACGGAAAAUUCAUCAAGCACGUCUGGAUCGGCAAGGAGGAUCGUCUCGUCCAGGCCGUCGGUGCUGUUUUCCCUGGAGUUCUCCUCGAGACUUUCCACAAGCAGUUCCUCAAGGAGUCGGAGAGCUUCAAGACUUCCGAGGAUGAUCUGAUCAAGCAAAACGGUAUGCCUUGGUAACCGGUUCUUAUUUUUUAGUGCUGGAGUUUUGUGCUUUACAGUGUCGAUCGGCGUUUCAAUUCCCCAUGUCUACAGUUUGAAGAUCAAUACAUGGGAGUCGGGUGUAUAAAUAGAGAAUGUAAUGGGAUAUAGAUCUACGAGGAAGGGAGAGGUACAGCAAAGCCUGAAUAUACUUGAAGUUUAACUGUUCA